AUGGCCCCCGUCCCUAUUGAUCCUCGCAUCGUCGACGUCGCAGUGCCGAGGAAGGAUACCCUCGGUCUUCCCGAAUCCGCUCGCGAACGGUUAGAAAAGGCCGGUAUAGAUCUGAGUGAAGGCUAUCCUUACCGCCCAUCUCGCCCUCUCUAUCUUGACGACGUGUAUAAAGUGCGGGAUUAUGAUCGUCCCCACAUAGAUCCCGGUAGCCGAGCCGAUCCAGAGAAGAGAGCUUUGCUGGCUGCAGCCACGGAGGUGAUCUCAUUGACUAGACACAUUGGAACCGAAAUCGUGGGCUUGCAGUUAAAGGACCUGACAGAUCAACAAAAGGAUGAAUUGGGGUUGCUCAUUGCUGAACGGAGCGUGGUCUUCUUCCGGGACCAGGAGAUCACUCCCCAGCAACAAAAGGAACUUGGAGAAUGGUACGGUGAGAUCGAGAUUCAUCCUCAAGUGCCCCAAGUGCCCGGUGUCCCCGGCGUAAGCGUGAUGUGGCCAGCAUUACAGGCAUCGGAGAGCCCAGCAAGCUUCCGCCGACCGGGAGGCGCAUCCCGCUGGCACAGCGAUCUUGUGCAUGAAAGGCAACCUGCUGGAGUCACCCAUUUACACAACGACACCGUUCCUACGGUCGGAGGUGACACCCUAUGGGCCAGUGGAUACGCAGCAUACGAGAAGCUGUCUCCACUCUUUCGUAAAUUGAUUGAUGGUCGAACUGCCAUAUACCGCUCCGCCCAUCCGUACCUCGACCGUGAGCACCCUGAGGCAGGGCCGCAGUACGUGGAGCGCGAGCAUCCAAUCGUCCGUGUGCAUCCAGCGACAGGGUGGAAGGCGCUUUGGGUCAACCGGGCAAUGACAGUUCGCAUCGUGGGACUUGACAAGGCCGAAAGCGAUGUGAUUCUAGGGUACUUGUAUGACGUAUAUGAGAAGAAUGCUGAUAUCCAGGUUCGCUUCAAAUGGACUCCACGCACGAGCGCGUUGUGGGAUAACCGGGUCACUAUCCACAACGCCAGCUGGGACUACGAAGGUUCCCAGCCCAGACAUGGUACACGGGUGACCUCGCUCGCGGAAAAGCCGGUGUUUGAUCCUACCGCGCCAACUCGGCGAGAGCAUUUGGGACUUCUGGGCCCUGAGGAGGCUGAGGAGCUGGAGAAAUUGGCUGGUCUCCUGAAGCUCCAGUGA